AUGAUGCACAUGAUGGACAGUCUUCUAGAAGUGUGUCAAAAGCAGGUUACUGUGUUAUCUGAAAAAGACAUCGACUGGGUACUCACUGUUCCUGCGAUAUGGAAUGACUCUGCCAAACAUUUCAUGCGACUCGCUGCUCAAGAGGCCGGAAUAGAAAAAGAAAAGCUUACAAUUGCAUUAGAACCUGAGGCUGCGUCCAUUUGUUGUAGACAUACUAAAUUGCACAACGACGGAUUAGGUGGAAUUUCAACUUUCCAAUCAGGAAAAAAAUACUUGGUCGUUGAUGCAGGAGGUGGCACGAUCGAUAUGACAGUACACGAAGUUUGCUUCGGUGGUGCUCUAAAAGAACUUCACAAAGCCACUGGUGGAGCCUGGGGCGGAACAAUGGUGGACACAGCUUUCUUGGAUUUCAUUGCAGAAUUGAUGGGGAAAGAUGCAUUUAACACAUUUAAGGACCAACAAAGGGAAGAUUAUAUAGACCUUCUGCGUGAUUUUGAAAGAAAGAAGAGAGAAACAGAUUUAAAAUCAAAUGGGUGUGUGACCAUUAGAAUUGCGCGAUCUAUGUUCGAUCUUGUAAACGACAUUGAAGGACAGCAAUUGAAGAAUGUUAUACUGAAUUCGCGUCACGCUAAAACCAUUAAACUUGAUAGUGAUAAACUCCGACUGGACAACGGUCUUGUCAGACAGUUUUUCAAGGAAUCAGUCGACAAGAUUGUUCAUCAUAUUUCCGAACUUCUUGAAACAUGCAAGGCCGAAGGGGUUGAUACAAUUCUGAUGGUGGGAGGAUACUCGGAAUCUACGCUUCUUCAAGAUGUCAUUCAGAAAGAAUUUAAGAAAUUGAAAAUCAUCGUCCCAUCUGAUUCCGGACUCGCUGUCCUGAAGGGGGCGGUCAUGUUUGGACACCGUCCAACUUUCACCAUAGAACGGGUGUCAAAGUUUACAUAUAGUAUAGCUGUGAUGCGCCCUUUUGAUGAGAAAAUACAUCCUGUCGACAAGCGCAUAGAAUGCGAUGCAGGCAUUAUAUGCAAAGACCUAUUCUCUGUACUGGUUCAUGCUGGACUAAGAUUAGUUGUUGGUGAAAUACAAUGCAGUAAAGAGAUAACGCCUCAUGAUAUUAAUCAGUCGAGAAGAGUAGCUUCCCUAGGCUCCAUGGGGAAACGGAAGUGCUUCCGGCGUACCAUCAUCCGCUUUGCGGAGAAGACUUCGAUGACGAACGUGGAGCUAGGGUUCAACGCCCUGGCGUUCCCGCAGGGAACCAUCUGUUACACAAAUAUGGUGAAAAAGAACAGCCUGGUAGGAUUCAAUGAUUCUCAAUGA